CUCAAGUUAAAGGAUAUUUCGUCACUCGUGCAGGUUUAUUAUUAAAGUGGAUUGUUAGAGUGUUGUCCAACAUGUUGCAGGCUCUGAAGGGCGUCAGGCACCUGAACAUCAGCGCAAUGAAACGAGCAGAGCUGUCCAUCCCGGUUCCCUGGGGACAGCUGAGAGGGAGAGUCUGGGGUCCUGAUGAUGGUCGCCCUGUGCUGUGCCUGCACGGCUGGUCCGACAACUGUGGCACCUUCAACACCCUCAUUCCCCUCCUGCCCAAAGAGUGCAGAUACGUGGCGGUGGAUCUGGCCGGUCACGGCUUGUCGUCGCAUCGUCCCCCCGGGGUCUUCUACACUCCUCCGACGUACGUGAUGGACAUCCGAAGGGUCGUCGAUUCUCUGCAGUGGAGCCGCUUCUCCAUCAUUGCCCACAGUAUGGGUGGUAACAUUGCUGGAACGUUCAGUUCUCUGUAUCCCGAGAUGGUGGAGGCUGUCGUGCUGCUGGACUCUUAUGGAUUCUUCCCGAUAGAUCAGAAAAAGAUGUACCAACCCAUGAGGCAGGGGAUGGAUGAGAUGCUCCAGUUUGACAAACAGACUGCAGAGGAGAAGAAAAGAGUCUACACCUACGAAGGCGCAGUAGAGAGGCUGUCGGCUGCAAACCCGUCUCUGUCGGAGCAGUCCGUGCGGAUCCUUUUAGAGCGAGGUCUAGUUCAAGUUGAAGGAGGCGUGGCGUUUACCCGGGAUUUCCGUAUCAAUCUGAAAAAUAUAAUCCGCAUGACUUUGGAGCAAAGCCUGCAGUUGCAUUCUGGGAUAAAAGCUCCCAUGCUUGUUAUUUUAGCAGAGGACGGCUUUGAAAAAUUAUUUGUUGGAGAGGAUAAGAAUGUUUUCUCAACAAUCAUCCAGGCCUACAAGGACCGAAACCACAAGGUGGUAAAAAUACCAGGCGAUCAUCACAUCCACCUCAACAACCCGGAGGUAGUCGCUCCACUUGUGUCCGACUUCUUGAUGACCAAAGUGUUGACUCAGCCGGCAAAACAAGCCAAAGAACAGACCUCGAAGAUGUAGCCCAAACAGAAUCUUCACAUUACCACCAUGUGUUUGUAAUAAUAUAACACAGUACUACAGUAAUUAUACUGUGCUCUGAACACUUCAACCUGUAAAUGAUUUGGUGUAUUUUAAUAUAUAUUGACGGAAUGCUGGCGGACCGAUGUUUAUGCAUUUGAAGAAAAUGACACUUGUGUAACACAACAGUUAAGAUUUGAGCAGCGAAUAGUUAGAAUUUGUAACUUGUUUCGUUAAUGGUCUGAUCCUGUACAGCUCCAGAUUCACAGUUGAUAAAUAAUGACUAAAUUCAUGUUUAAAAUUGA